GGAAGUGCUGUCCAACAAUCAGCAAGGACAACCUGUCAGGGAAGUGCUGUCUAACAUUCAGUAAGGACAACCUGUCAGGGAAGUGCUGUCCAACAAUCAGCAAGGACAACCUGUCAGGGAAGUGCUGUCUAACAUUCAGUAAGGACAACCUGUCAGGGAAGUGCUGUCUAUUAUUCAGUAAGGACAACUUGUCAGGGAAGUGCUGUCUAACAAUCAGUAAGGACAACCUGUCAGGGAAGUGCUGUCUAUUAUUCAGUAAGGACAACUUGUCAGGGAAGUGCUGUCUAACAUUCAGUAAGGACAACCUGUCAGGGAAGUGCUGUCUAACAAUCAGCAAGGACAACCUGUCAGGGAAGUGCUGUCUAACAAUCAGCAAGGGCAACCUGUCAGGGAAGUGCUGUCUAACAAUCAGCAAGGACAACCUGUCAGGGAAGUGCUGUCUAACAUUCAGUAAGGACAACCUGUCAGGGAAGUGCUGUCUAACAUUCAGUAAGGACAACCUGUCAGGGAAGUGCUGUCCAACAAUCAGCAAGGACAACCUGUCAGGGAAGUGCUGUCUAACAAUCAGCAAGGACAACCUGUCAGGGAAGUGCUGUCCAACAAUCAGCAAGGACAACCUUAAGGACAACUUGUCAGGGAAGUGCUGUCUAACAUUCAGUAAGGACAACCUGUCAGGGAAGUGCUGUCUAACAAUCAGCAAGGACAACCUGUCAGGGAAGUGCUGUCUAACAAUCAGCAAGGGCAACCUGUCAGGGAAGUGCUGUCUAACAAUCAGCAAGGACAACCUGUCAGGGAAGUGCUGUCUAACAUUCAGUAAGGACAACCUGUCAGGGAAGUGCUGUCUAACAUUCAGUAAGGACAACCUGUCAGGGAAGUGCUGUCCAACAAUCAGCAAGGACAACCUGUCAGGGAAGUGCUGUCUAACAAUCAGCAAGGACAACCUGUCAGGGAAGUGCUGUCCAAUAAUCAGCAAGGACAACCU